AUGUCUUCGCGAUUCUUUCACGGCGGAGACUCCGACAGCGAGAGCAGCUCCUCUGAGGAGGAAGAACUCUACAGUGAUCGCGAAGAAAAUGAAGAAGAAUCCGAAGAGGAAGAUGAAGAAGAGGAGGAGUCCUCCGAAGAGUCCUCCGAAGAUGAAGGUCGUGGAAUGGGUGCUAGCCGAUUCUUGAAGCCUUCAGGACCAGGUGGCGACGAGAGCGAUGAGAGCGAGGAUGAAGAUCGCGAAAGAGUGGUCAAGAGUGCAAAGGACAAGCGAUUCGAGGAACUGGAAGGCACAAUCAAGUUGAUUGAAAAUGCCGAAAAGAUCAACGACUGGGCAGUUAUUUCGACUGAAUUUGAUAAAAUGAACCGCCAGGUUGUCAAGGUCACCCAGCAAGGUGUCACUCCCAAAAUCUACAUCAAGAUGGUUGCCGACCUCGAAGAUAUGAUCAAUGAAACCAAUGACAAGCAGAAGUCUGGAGCCAAGAAGAUGAAUCCGAUCAAUGCCAAAGGUUUCAACGCCAUGAAGCAGAAGAUCCGGAAGAACAACAAGGAAUAUGUGACCGAGGUGGAGAAAUAUCGCGAGAACAAGGACGAGUACAUGGAAUCCGACGAGGAAGAACCUUUGGAGGCGGAACAGAAGACUCGUAAGAGCAAAGUUCAAAAAUUAGACGCCCUUGAAGCAGCCAUUGAUGAAGAAGGCUUUGCAACCGUCGGCAGAGGUGGAAAGGCCCUUGUAUACACACCAGAAUCCAUUCUCAAACACCUGCGGACCAUCAUUGAAUCUCGAGGGAAGAAGAACACCGAUCGAACCGAACAAAUCCGUAUCAUGGAGAAGCUCCUGGAAGUUGCCAACACUCCAUACCAACGAAUUCGAGUUCUCCUGACAUUGAUUUCCGCGAGAUUCGACGUCACCACUUCCUCUAUUCAGAACCACAUGUCACAGGAAUCUUGGAGAGCUGCGGAGCGAGAAUUUGCGUCUCUGCUACAGACGUUGGAGGACGAGCCCACCUACAUCGUAACUGAGGGAGCCGAAGAAUGGGAGGAUGAUGAGAAAGCACCUAACCCUGCCGCGGGCGAGACUUUCAAAGUCCCCGGCAGCAUUGUGUCCCUUGUGGAGAGACUGGAUGACGAAUUGACCCGUUCUUUGCAACAGACCGACCCUCACACCGCCGAAUACAUCGAUAGACUGGGAGACGAACAGCUUUUGUACACUGACAUCGUGCGAACCCUCAUCUAUAUUGAGACCAUUAACAAGAAACUGGAGAAGACGGAAAGCGGGCAAGACAACAUGAACAGAACCACGAUCCGACGGCUGGAACACAUCUACUUCAAGCCUAUUCAAGUGGUGAAAAUACUUGAAGAGAAGACAUGGAAUGCUAUCCCCCCAACACUGAACUCCGACCUUACUCCACGAGGCAAAUACGCCGAAGUAGCACCUCUGGUACGGACCCUUUGCAACCAUUUGUUCGAGUACAGUGAAGGCAUCAUCAGAGCACGCGCCAUGCUCUGCGAGAUCUACUUCCUGGCAUUGCAAGAUGAUUACUAUCGAGCCAGAGAUCUCGCCCUCAUGAGCCAUCUCACCGAGAACAUCUCAUCCUUUGACGUCAGCACUCAAAUCCUCUUCAACCGCACCCUCGUCCAAAUUGGCCUUUGUGCAUUCCGGGCUGGACUUUGCUAUGAGGCCCAAGGUGUAUUACAGGAGAUUUGCGGCUCAGGCCGACAGAAAGAACUUCUCGCUCAGGGCGUGAUCAUGCAAAGGUAUUCUACCGUCACACCGGAGCAAGAACGACUUGAACGGCAACGUCAACUGCCAUUCCACAUGCACAUCAAUCUCGAACUGUUGGAGUGUGUCUAUCUCACUUGCAGCAUGUUGCUCGAAAUCCCUCUAUUGGCCCAAACAGGUUCCUCUCCCGACGUCCGCAAAAGGGUCAUCUCCAAGACUUUCCGCCGCAUGCUUGAAUACACCGAACGACAAGUCUUCCAAGGCCCUCCUGAAAAUACUCGCGAUCAUGUGAUGCAAGCCGCCAAGGCUCUCGCUCAGGGAGACUGGAAGAAGUGCCAGGAACUCAUCAGCAAGAUUGGCAUCUGGGAUCUGCUAGGCAGUGACAAGGACAAGAUCAAGGCGAUGCUCGCGGAACAGAUCCAAGAAGAAGGCCUACGGACAUACUUGUUCACCUACGCGCCGUACUACGAUACUCUGUCCAUCACCACGCUGUCCGGCAUGUUCGACUUGGAUACCAAGAAGAUCGCGGCUGUGGUUUCCAAGAUGAUCUCACACGAGGAGCUGGCCGCGGCUCUGGACCAAGUCAACGACGCAAUCGUGUUCCGUAAGGGCGUCGAGCUUUCACGCUUGCAGAGUCAAAUCAUUACUCUCUCUGAGAAGGCCAUGGGUAUUCUUGAGUCGAAUGAGAAGGUCCUCGAGACCAGGACCGCAGGGAUGGUCAACGCAUUCCAGCGUGAUCAGGGCCAGCGUACCGGUCGGGGAGGUCGUAGCGGUCGCACGAAUCUCCAGGGUUUACAGCGCGGACAGACAGGUCAGAGAAGACCUGGAGGCCAACAAUUCAGUGGUGGUGCACUCGGUGGAGCUAUCAAGGCUUGA